UUAACUUCUUGUCUGUUCUUCCGUUCCUCCUCGGCCACACAGAGCGCUUUAACCAUGGCAGCGGCCUCGUUCCCCGGGGCGGUCAAAGGGCUCGUCUCCGCCAAGGCGAGGCUCUCCGAGCCCCUACGAGGAGGUAGCAGGAGUCUCCUCGUCCUCUACCCGCGCAGAGGCGGCAUGGCACUGGUGGCGUCGGCGACGCCGCUGGAGCUGUCGGAGAAGGUAGCGGAGAGCAUUAAAAACGCAGAAGAGACGUGCGCCGGAGACGCGGCGAGCGGGGAGUGCGCCGCGGCGUGGGACGAAGUGGAGGAGCUGAGCGCGGCGGCCAGCCACGCGAGGGACAAGCUCAAAGCCAACUCCGACCCUCUGGAUAAUUACUGCAACGACAACCCCGAGACCGACGAGUGCCGUACCUACGAAGACUAGCUUUUCAAUGGAUUAAUACUUCCGUAAUUAGAAGCUUAUUGGUAUCAGUUGUUCAUCAAGAUUUGCUGCUUUUGGUAUCUGUGUCGAUCGUUGGGUUCUUGGAAUGGGUGUUCCACGACAAAUAAAAUUUAUGUUGUUGAAAUUAA